UAAAAACACACCAUUACGAUUAAGUCAUACGAUCAUCAUCAUAGUCGUGGCUAACGGCGGCCUGUUUACAGCGCUAUCUUGCUAGGACCGCCAUUUUUUGUAUUUUUAUUUUUUUUCAAAGCUCCAUAUGCAUUCUCUGUGACUAUUUAUCAUGAGUGCACGCUCUCAUAAACAGCACGCCAUGAUGAACGGCCAUGCUUGAGGAUUCCGCUUGCGCGGGCGAGUGACACGCAUGACUUUCAUCAUCAAGACUCGAGGGCUGCAUUCAACGAGGCCACGUUCAAAUCUUGCUAGCAAAACUCCACUUUGAACGUGAAGCUAAGCAAUCGUAUUUGUGAAAGGUUCUUAUUGAUUUAAAUUUUAGAGCCGGGGGGAGUCACCAAUUCCAUUCCUCGAGGGCCCCCUAUCCGGCAGGUUUUAGAUGUUUCCGUCCAACAUUGUACCCGAUUCAAAUGAUCUGGAUGGUGAUCAAGUCAUAAAGAGGGGUGACGUGCAGAUCAGUGAGCUCCUCCUCAAGCAUUAUGUGGAGCGCGACCUCGAUGCAACGUGCUGCAGUGAGGUCGUUUGACACCCCAGGAGGGGCGUGGAUCGCACUUCCUCUGUCAUAAGCAGACUCCCUCCGAACAUCACCAACACAUUCUCAGCCGUUCUGCACCGUAAAAUGGAUCGACAGUGGAUUCGCCUCCUGGCAGCCCUCUUGUUUUGCAGCAAGUUAAGUGGAGGAGCUGUUACAGUGCAGAAAAUCAAAGAAGGGCUGAAGGUUGAAUUGAAUUGCAGGCCCUCUGAGGUUACCGCCAUAAUUGUGUGGUUUCGAGUACUGAACAAAUCCGGCAUUGAAUUCCUGGCAACUUUCUCGACCAAUGGCAUGGUGAAGUCACAAAGUGACUCCUUCACAUCCACCUUCAGUGACAUGAGAAUCCGCGACAACGUCCUCAUUAUAAAGUCCUUCAACAAAGGUCGUGACAGCGGCAUUUACAGUUGCGCGUCUAUGAGAAGCAACGAAUUGCAUUUUGGUGACAUCACACGAUUGGUGGGAGAUGAAGCUGCGGCCCCCCCAGUCACAUACAAUCCAUCCACAAGCGCCUUACCCUGUUCAUGUGAGAACGUGACUAUGCAAGAUGAGUUCAUAUUAUGUAAUCCCAUCAUACUGAUUCCACUAGCGGGCAUUUGUGGCCUUCUGCUUCUGCUCAUCCUCAUUAUCGUAGUGUACUGCAAUCGCAUGAGGACACGCAGGUGCCCACAUCAUUAUAAAAAGAGGCUGCUGAAGAAAACGGCUCCUGGAAAACAACAGCAGCAGCAGCAGCAGCAGCAGCAGCACACUUGAUCAUUGUGCACAUCUGUGAACGUUCUAUCGUGCUGACUUUAUUUAUUUCCCAAAAUGUCACUGAAGUACUCAACAGCUCCCUUUUGACAACUCCCUUCAGUGUAGCUCAGUUUUAGCGGCGAUGAGACGUUCCCAUUUCUUUUUUUUUUUUUUUUUUGCAAUGAAUCAACUGAAUUAGUUUUUAUUUUUUGGACUCAAUAUGUUGCGGUAAACGUAGUGAGUUGUAGGCCUAUUAAUGAAUGUUCAACAUGUAUAGUGCCAAAAAAUAUUUUGGGAUUCAGGUGAAUGUUUAGCCAGUGAUCGUAGUCAAGUUUUGAAAUUGUUUUUUUCAUUUUUGUUUGUAUGUUUCUCGAAUAAAAUGUUCAUAAUUUUGGACGGAGUAGUACUGUGAGAAAAAUGAUUUACAUUGGAGAUUAUUACUGUUUUUUGUAAGUUUAUUGUUUUUGAUUUACAAAUAUCCAAUUGGUAAGUAAUUUUUACUUGCAUUUUUUUGGUAAUUUUUUUUUUCAGUCUAGGUUAUUACUCGUGUGUUUUUAAUCUAAGUGCACAGAAUUUUAGAAUUCUUACAUUUGCGAUGGUCGGAUUCAAAAUCAAAGAGCAUUUAGACAUUUUAAAUGAGCCGUUUGUAUCGAUGCAUGUUUUUGUCAUUUGGAUUUUUAACUCAACAGAAGCACUCAUUUGUGCGCUACGCGCACAUUAUAUUAGAAUUCCCAAAUGAGUACUAUGAAAAAUGAAAAGAGCACUCAUUUGAAUUUCAAUUAAUUAUUCGUCUUUAUUUAUGUUCAUUGUCUUGUAAAUUUAUUUAAUAAUUUCAACAAACCCACUCAUUUGCACCAUCAGUCAUUCAUGAUCUUGGCGAAAAUAUUUUAUCUCUAAAUAUAUAUAUAUAUAUA